AUGUCUCUCACCGCAUCCCCCACCGAUGUCAUCAUCGAGAUCAUCGCAUAUCUUUCCCCUCACGAUCUCACACAGCUAAUCAGAACGUGCAAGUGCAUCAAUGAAAUCGCAUGGCCUUGUCUAUGGAAAAACAUUGAACUACACUAUUCAGGCUACCAUGAGUCGUCAUCAGAGCUCGACUGCCCCCCGCCCUUUGUCCCUUCCUCGAAACGACCGUACCUAGGCCCGGGUUUGAGGGAUCGAUAUGAAAACCGACGUUCAACGAUACUUUUCGAACUGCUCGACAAGAUCGAGUCCUCCGACAAAGAACGAUUCAUCGAGAUUACCUCGCAAGUCAAAAGCUUAUGCACUGUCGUGGAUUGGUCCAACUGUUCCUUUUGGCACCUUCUACCAUCCUUCACCAACUUGGAAGUCCUCGAGCUGCAUGGCGAACAUUGUUCCUUCGACACCGAAAUACGAGGCCCAUUUCUUGAACGCCUCCGCUUCAUCAAGCUCUGUGAAUAUAUCCCCCCGCAGCUAUCAAGUGGAUACUCUCGAGUACCGACGCUUUGGAGCGCUUGGAGCUGGGCCUGCUUGACCGGCCCAUCUCGAAAUUCCGAUCAAUACGUCAAGCUCAUUGUCCUUUACCCGAGGAACAAGAAUUGGAGAAGACCCGGGGCCGAAGUACUUGAGAAACAAUUCCACAGCGAAGUUUGCUUCAUUUUGAAGAACAGCCUGGGGACUGGGAAUAGAGCUCUUGUGGAAAUGCUUGAGGAGAUAUUGCUUCAAGACAGUGCCUUUCCGUCUCUAGGGCGCGUUUACCUCUAUGGUUUUGCUGUUGGUCAGGACUCAGCUCUGAAACCUUCAAAGUCAACCCCUGGCGGACGUCUCAUGAACCUCCUGAAGAAGCUGAAUGUCACUUGCGAGGCGAGAUUAGGUCGAUGGACAGAGUUUAUUGGUGGUGCCAACGAAGUGAGGUGGGCAAAGUGGGAUUGUGAUAGUCGAGAGUAUCAGGAUGAGAGCCAGCCGGAUAUGAAAUGGGACACUCUGAUGGCCAGAGUCUAG